CCGAGCCGCCCCCUCUGCUUGCCAUAAUGCGGCGACGCAGCUGAGAAGCCCCCGCGGGGAGGGGGAGGCGGAGGAGUCGCUUAUAAAUGGCGCCCAAGCAGGACCCCAAACCCAAAUUCCAAGAGGGUGAGCAGGAGGACGAGGAGCCCGGGUGGGGUGGGCGGCCUUCGUGGGGAAGAGGUGAACGGGUGCUGUGUUUCCAUGGACCUCUUCUUUAUGAAGCAAAGUGUGUAAAGGUCGCUAUAAAGGACAAACAAGUGAAAUACUUCAUACAUUACAGUGGUUGGAAUAAGAACUGGGAUGAAUGGGUUCCGGAAAGCAGAGUGCUCAAAUACGUGGACACCAAUCUGCAAAAGCAGAAAGAACUCCAAAAGGCCAAUCAGGAACAGUAUGCAGAAGGAAAGAUGAGAGGUGCUGCUCCAGGCAAGAAAACGUCCGGUCUCCAGCAGAAAAAUGUUGAAGUAUUUUUCAGACGAGAUGGAGCGCAUACAGUUUGCAGUUUGGAGACCCCUGCAAUAUCGACACGGAAGACCAAAAAGAACAAACAGAAAACUCCUGGAAUUGGCGAAGGCAGCAGCACGAAUGAAAACCCUCAGCCUCCCAGGAAGAAAAGGGCCCGUGUAGAUCCUACUGUUGAAAGUGAAGAAACUUUUAUGAACAGAGUUGAAGUAAAGGUAAAAAUACCAGAAGAGCUGAAACCGUGGCUUGUAGAUGACUGGGAUUUGAUCACCCGGCAAAAGCAGCUCUUUUAUCUUCCUGCCAAGAAGAAUGUUGACGCCAUUUUAGAGGAUUACGCAAACUACAAGAAAUCUCGAGGAAACACUGACAACAAAGAAUAUGCUGUUAACGAAGUGGUGGCAGGCAUCAAAGAAUACUUCAAUGUAAUGCUGGGUACUCAGCUGCUCUAUAAAUUCGAGAGGCCGCAGUACGCAGAAAUCUUAGCGGAUCAUCCGGAUGCACCAAUGUCCCAGGUGUAUGGAGCUCCCCACCUCCUGCGGUUGUUCGUCCGGAUUGGAGCAAUGCUUGCUUACACGCCCCUUGAUGAGAAAAGCCUGGCCUUGCUGUUGAACUACUUGCACGACUUCCUAAAGUAUCUAGCGAAGAAUGCUUCCACGUUGUUCAGCGCAAGCGACUAUGAGGUUGCACCUCCAGAGUAUCAUCGGAAAGCUGUGUAAGCUUCUCACUAACAGUGCGUGUGGACGGUGUGAGUGUGUGUGCAAGCGCGCACAUCACUGGAAGGGAUUCUUGGAUCUCUGCACCUGACCUGCCCAGUUCCACGUUCGUCCACGGUCUCCUCUUGCACAUGUCUUUCUGCACAGCUGACAUAAGUGUCAAGUGAAUAGUGUUUGUGUCUUCAGAUGGAACUAUUGCCACCAAAGUUGCUUUCUUCAGAAACGGAUCUCUUAAAGAAGAGAGCCUUCUCUGGAGUGCUUCAUUGAAUCAGUUUUUGGUGUUGGAAUGUGGCUGGAAUGUGACAUUUCAUAGUCUGAGCCUGGUGCAUGCUUCUAGGCCUGUUUUUCUCGAAACGAAGCUGAUGAUGGUUUGAUGUAUUGUCACCCCCUCCCCACCUUCCCCAAACAAACUCUCGUUUCCAACAGAGUGGGGAGGACCAAACACAAAUGCGUGCUUUCAACUUGGGAGGGGAGGGAGGGUUCAUGUGCUGUUUUGGUGUUGGGAGGGUAAACAUGUGGGUUUAAGUCUGUGCUCUUUGCCUGCAUAGGGGAAGAACUCUGGGCUUUGCUUUUGUCUGUUGCGUUCAAAUGCACCUUGUAACAUAGGACGGAUUUUCCAUUGUGUCUCACACAUUUUCUGAAAUUGUUAUUUUCCUUUGGGGGGGGAGGGGAUGUUUACAGGCCCCCAAAUAAACUUUUCUAUUUCAUCUGUUAAA